AUGAGGCGAGGUAUCUGGCUCCCGCCCUGUUUUUUUUCAGAUUCGAGCCUUAUUUAUUCACCUCUUCAAAAUUGCGUCCCAUUAUCCAAAACUGGAUCAAUUUCUCAAGUAAAGUUUUGUAAUGCAGACGUCUCCGCCGCAGAGUCUCUUGUGGGAGUUGUCCUGGCUGAUGCCCGUCUUCGACAACUAGAGACUCGGUUAGCCGAAUCAAUACCUCCUGAGGAACAUACAGCUCUCUUGGCAAGUUUAGAGGCUGCUAGGGCAGAUGCUAAUGCUGCUCAUCAUACUGCGGUGCGUGAAAGAUGCCGGCGUCUUGUGCAAUUAGCGCUAAAAGAGUUCAGGAUUCUUGGUCUUGAGCGCCGUAUUGAAGAGCUUCAGGUAUAUAUUUUUAAUCCCUUUUUUAUUAAUGUAAUUGUCUAUGGGAUUUUCGAUUGA